GCAGAAAUUGAAAAAAAAACUAAAACAAAAUUAAGAAAAAUUAUUUUCAAAAAAUUAACAUUUUUUACGAAGAAUUUUUUAAAUUCCAUGAGGAAUUGAAUAAAUAAAAAAAAUUGCAAAGUACGCGCAGAAUUUCAAAAAGCAAAGAAAGAGGGAGUGUACGAAAAUAUAUCACAAAAUCAACUAAAAAGAAAAUCGAGUGGAAAUAAUAAUAAUAAUAAUGAGUCAGUGAGAUUAGAAUAAAAAAAGUUUAAUAAAAAAAAAAAAAAGAAACAGUUUGCGGGAGAUGCCUAUUUCGCAUAAAAGAUCAUCGUCGAGUAUUAAUAAAAAAAACACUAAUGAAGAUGUGAUACAUGAGAAAUCACCAUCGCCAUGGAAUGAAUUAUUAGUGACUACCACAGUUCCUGCAACGGCAGUUGCUGUCAAAUUGUGCGAAGAUUCGCCUGAUGAAACCACAAAGGAUUCAAAUGAUAAAAAUAAACUUGGAGUAUUCAACAGCUUCCAAAGAAGAACUUUUAGCAGACUCAGUUUUAAGGGCGAAGGUGGACCACUAUUGGCAAAAUAUAAACAUGCAAAAUUCAGCUCAAAACGACUUCGAAAAAGGGUGGUAUUCAAACACGGGGAUUGUAAUGUUGUUCAAGGAAAUGUUGCAAAAAGACGAAGACGCUAUUUGCAGGAUAUUUUCACAACAUUGGUAGACGCACAAUGGCGCUGGACUCUUUUGGUGUUUUCCAUGAAUUUUCUACUCUCAUGGCUUGGUUUUGCACUCGUUUGGUGGCUCAUUGUCUACACGCAUGGUGAUCUCGAUUCAAAAAAUUACGACAAUCCCAACAUCACUUUUACACCGUGUGUCGUUGAUAUUCACGGAUUUACAAGUUGUUUUUUAUUUUCCGUCGAAACACAACAUACAAUUGGUUAUGGUUCAAAGCACACGACUGAAGAAUGUCCAGAGGCAAUUUUUAUUAUGUGCAUUCAAUCCAUGACAGGAGUUAUUCUACAGGCUUUUAUGGUGGGCAUUGUUUUUGCAAAAUUAUCAAGACCUAAGAAAAGAACGCAAACGUUACUUUUUUCAAGAAAUGCAGUUAUUUGCCAGAGGGAUGGUCAGCCCUGUCUUAUGUUUCGAGUCGGUGACAUGAGAAAAAGUCACAUUAUAGAAGCACACGUCAGGGCACAAAUGAUCAGAAAGAAGGUGACGAGAGAAGGAGAGACUCUCCCAUUUUUCCAAACCGAAUUAAAAGUCGGUGGCGAUGGGGAGGAAGAUAAAAUUUUCUUCAUUUGGCCAACGACAAUAGUUCAUAAAAUUGAUGAAAAUUCACCUCUCUACAGACUCUCGGCAAGCGAUAUGCUUCACGAGAGAUUUGAAAUUGUCGUAAUGUUAGAAGGUGUAAUUGAGUCAACUGGUAUGACAACACAAGCAAGGAGUUCGUAUCUUCCUUCGGAAAUACUGUGGGGCCAUAGAUUCGAAAAUAUAAUUCAUUUUCGAAAAGAAACUGGCGAAUAUGAAGUGAAUUAUACACUUUUCAAUAACACUUACGAAGUGGACACGCCACUUUGCUCUGCAUUGCAAUUGGACCAAGUCAAAGCCCUGCAUCAUGCAAAAGGAGAGCACAUGAGUACGGGAACGUUUCCAGCCUAUCGAGACAAUUCCAGCAGUUCUUUAACUUCCGCUUCCGGCUCAAGUUUGGCAUCAUCUACUGGUGGUUUACACAUGCAUGCACCUACACCACCCACACCAAUUCCAGUGAUGAUUACUGGCCCUGAUGACUCGCCAUCGAGACGUGAAAGCAUAAACAAUCCAAACGAUCAAAAGCUUGCGACAUUUUACACUCACGACGAGACACCAGAACCAGUGAACUUUGGAAGAAAUUCCUCCUACAAUUCAAAGAAUCAGGCAAAUGAUGGCGAAGAAAAUUAUGUGAAAGUCCUCGAGGGUAUAAAUUCAAGUCUAAGGAAAAACAGAAGAUCGAGUCUUCAUGGAAAGGAGGAGAAAAAAAUGCAACGCGAAGCAUCGAGAACAACACUAGAGGCUGUGAAAAUUGAUAGUCUACUUGGGAACAUAAAGAAUUCAUCCUCAAAUUCAACACUCGAAUUAAAACAAAUGAAGUAUUCAGAAACGCCAGAAAGGAUGCACGAGCCUCCAAAUUCCCAUCAUCUGCCAAGGAGAUCUAGUCUUAGUGAAAAAAACAAAAAUAAACAGGAUAUGCAAAAAAGGACAACAUUCGUCCUACAGGAAGAAGAUCCGUCCAGAAGUGCAGAGCACCGAAAAAAGGAAAACGCUUUGAGAAUAUCACCUCCACCACCGCCGAGAAUACCACCGAGACCCGAAAUUGUAAUAGACGUUAGGGAAAAUAUUCAUCAAACACAAUUCAACAGUCCUCAGGAACAAGUUUAAUUAUCAAAACGAGUCAGAGUACGUAAGACAAUUUUUAAAAAUAUGGUACCUGAAAAAAUCUUUUCUACAAUAUCAACAAAGAAGACAACAGUGAGUUUAUAACAACAAUGACAUAAUAAUAUACAAACAUCAUAAAACAAUUUA